AUGACCGUCACCCACGUCAACCUCGGAGACAACGCGAUCGGGGACGAGGGCGCCAAGGCGCUCGCAGAUGCUCUGAAAUCAAACAAGACCGUCACCAAGAUCGACCUCAAUACAAACAGGAUCGGGGACGAGGGUGCCAAGGGGCUCGCAGAUGCUCUGAAAUCAAACAUGACCGUCACCCACGUCAACCUCGGAGACAACCCGAUCGGGGACGAGGGUGCCAAGGCCAGGCGGUGCCCGCGGGGUCUUCGCAGCUUGCAGUUUCGACCCCGCUUGUCCCUAAGAGGCGCUCGCAGAUGCUCUGAAAUCAAACAAGACCGUCACCAAGAUCGACCUCUAUGGCAACAAGAUCCUCUAUGGCUACAAGAUCGGAGACCAGGGCGCCAAGGCGCUUGCAGAUGCUCUGAAAUCAAACAAGACCGUCACCAAGAUCGACCUCAAUAA